AUGGCGGGUGUAGACUCCAUGUUAGCGUGUCCGUCUUCUAAGCCGGAGUGGACCGAUUGGAGGUUCGAGACUCACUUGGAGCGGAUUCUUUUUUGUGCUGAACAGAUUUUGAUAUGGAGGUGGGAAUAUCAUGGAUUUUGGAUCACUGAAAAUCUGCUUGCUAUGGCACGCCCUUCCACAGAAAUAAUUGAAAAAUAUAAUGUAAUAGACCAGUUUUUGAGAUGUGGCUUGAAGACAAUUAUUAACCUCCAAUAUCCUGGAGAACACGCCAACUGUGGCAACCCGCUACAGCCAGAAAGUGGCUUUACUUACCGACCAGAGAAUUUUAUGGAAGCUGGCAUUUAUUUUUACAACUUUAGAUGGAACGACUAUGGAGUGGCCUCCCUCAUGACAAUAUUAGAUAUGGUGAAAGUUAUGUCUUUUGCCAUCCAGGAAGGUAAAAUGGCUGUUCACUGUCAUGCAGGGCUUGGCAGAACAGGUGUGUUGCUGGCCUGUUUCUUGCUGUUUACCACACGGAUGACAGCAGAUCAAGCAAUUUUAUUGGUCCGAGCAAAACGACCAAACUCAAUCCAGACUAGAAGACAGCUACAGUGUGUCAGGCAAUUCGCUCAGUUGCUCGAUCCGCUGAGAAAUGUGUUUGCUAAUGCUGAGCCGAGAGCUCCCCCUGUUACACUUUCACAAUAUUUGAUCCGCCAGAAACACCUGUUGCAUGGAUAUGAGGCUCAGCGAUUAAGAUUUGUGCCAAAGCUCAUCCCCCUCAUCUGCAAACUUCUACUAGACAUUGCAGAGAAUCGUCAAGUUAUUGAGGAGGAUAUCGUUGAGGUUCCUGAUGUGAUACCUCUGGUUGAGAAACAUUGUAAUGAAACUGCAGUAUAUCCAUUUAACAGACAGAUAUUGGAAAAUGGCAUCACUAUGAUCAGGCCCCGUCUUCCUGGUCUACCCAGAGUCAAUGCAGACAACUCGCAACCACUUCACUAUGUCCGUAAGAGCCUUAGCUACAGCGAGUCUGACCUACGUAGGUUAGCUGCAUCUUUAAAUCUGUCGGAUAAUCCUCUCAGUGUUUUAGCCAGCAUUCACUCAUGUAACAUCAGCAAUCAGUUGGCAGCUUUCAGUAGUUUCUCCAUUUCUCUGGAGACAUGUAAGGACAGCCCAGGCUACAGUUCAACUAGCAAUAUAUGGGACUUGAAAACACUAAUGGACCAGAAGGAGGGAUCUACAUUGCUCAAAAGGAAGAGACAGUCUGUUCUGCAGCGAAGCCACUCUCUACGUGUAUCAGAUCAGAAAAACAUUACAACCAUCAACAAAAUACUGUCGUUCUGGAGGAAAGACCCCAACCAUGAUGGGACAAAACAAGCAGAGGUGCCUUUCAUUACCGUCCAGUCCGAGUUGUCUCUGGACUCACGACAUCUUCUGGUGGCUCAUUCCCUUGCGGUGGACCUUGAGCAUGAUGGAGAAAAGGAACAAAUUCAGAAGGUGACUGCUUGGCAGACAGAUCUUAAUUACCAGGGUGCAUGGGAGCGGCUGUGUUUGGAAAAAGACCCAUUUAUUCUAUCUGGGAUUAUGUGGUCCUGGCUAGAGCAGCUCAAAGAGCCAAUCAUCUCAGCUCAUGAUGUCUUCGUAGAUGAGAGUAUUAAAGACCCAGAAACUGUCCUCAAUAGCUUAGAUAGGGUAAGAUGAAGGCCACCUUUUCCCAUAUUAAAAUAAAUUUUAAUCCAUAAUUUAUUUUAAAGUACGAGUGACUUUGAUUUUCCUAAACUAUCUACAACACUCUUACCUACCCACAAACACUUCCGGUGUCGUGCCAAGAAAUGCUAUUUAUUGCCGAGAUGACCUAAUUAUGCACCUCCUUCAAUAACACGCAGUCCGAUUGGCUAAUUCUAACCCCUCCCCACACCUAAUCCUAACCCUGCAUAAUCUGGCAGGUUUACAUCAGGUCGUGUUUACAUCCUGUGCUGCAAAAUGAAGCAUCUAGUUAUUCUUACUUCCAAAGGAUGAUGAUAAGAACCAAAGGAUAAAAAGUCUUUUCCCCACGAUUGCACAGCAGUAUAAUUCAAACCUUUUGUUUUUUAUCCGUCAUUUUACUGACAACUGCUUCUCCGACCUUGGCGAGUUCAAUGUGGUAUUUGUUUAAUGCAUGUCCAUGAAAGAUGGGUCAGCACAACUUUAUUUAGACCAAUAAACAUCUCUGAAUCACAACCUGUAAGUGUGAUUAAUAAGAUGUGUAUAUCCCUCCAUGGAAUGUUUAAAAUUACUCAUUUUUUUGUGUUAUGUGGUGUAGCCUACACAGCUAUUACUGUUUUACUGAAAUAGUUCUGAUAAUCAUAAUGCGAGUCCACUAUUGUCUAAAAAUGUGUCAAUUAAUGCAGUGUCUAUGGAUGAUUUUAUUACUUGGAUUGAUGAUAAAGGAUGUGGAUAGAUUUUGUUUAUAAGCCGUAAUGUUUCAUUACGGAAAGAUCAAUCGCAACAGACUGACCAAUUGGAGCACAGUGGGCUCGGGGAAGGGAGGUGUUUAGAUAAACUGAAACUUCGAACUGCUUCAAUCGAAUCAUUUAGGGAUCUUUGAGAAAUAAGGUGAUAUUAAAUGCAUAUUUUGAGAAAAUGGCAGCGUUUUUUGACUUUGGAUGCACACAAGCAGAUGGUGGGGACUGUAAGACAAUAUUAGAACAUUUAUAAAUGCCGUUCAGCCGAAGAAAGUCAUACACCUAGAACGGCAUGAGGAUGAGUAAAUUAUGGAUUAAACAUUUAUUUUUGGGUGAACUAUUCCUUUAAGACCAAUUCAAUAAACACGACAUGCAUUUAUUUGCUUUAUUGCUGUCAGGCUUCAAGAGAAAC